AUGAACGAGUAUGGGAGUUUGGUUGUGGCUAAAAGCCCACAGCUCAGAGAAGAGAGUGAUUUUAAGGGCUUUGGUUUUAUCCUAAUUCUGGUAUCAAAUGCUUUAGUAAUAGAGAUUUCACAAAACAAUCUGGUACCGUACCGAAGUAUAUUGGACAAAUCAAACAUAUCCCAAACGGAAACGGUAGAUUUUUGGGACAGAGGAUAUCAAAACGGUGCACUUUGGAGAGAAGAGAGAGAAGUAGAGAACCCUAAUGCAAAGCUUUGGCCUUCGCGGUUUGGGAAUCCUGCUUAUUCACCCACAAGCCACAGCGGAGGUCUUCUUCUGAAACCGACUCUAUACGGUAGACUAAGAUACAUUUCAAGCACUUCAACUUCAAAUCAACACUCAUUCACUGUCUCAUACCUCAUAAACUCAUGUGGGUUCUCACCAGAAGCUGCUCUAUCAGCCUCCAAAUAUGUUAAUUUUGAAAACCCACGUAAAGCAGACUUGGUCAUUAGCUUUUUCAAGAACCAUGGUUUCUCACAAUCCCAAAUCGCAAACGUCAUCAGAGAUCACCCAGGAGUGCUGGUAUCAAAUCCUCACAAGACCCUUUUGCCCAAAUUCGAGUUUUUCCACUCCAAAGGCUUUACAACCUCUGACAUUGCCACAGUCUUAUCUAGAAAUUCACCAAUAUUGAAACGAAGCUUGAAAAACCACAUAAUCCCUUCUUAUGUUUUCCUUGAGAAUUUUCUUGGAACUGAUGGGAACACUAUUACUGCUGUUACACGUUCUCCGGGAAUUCUCACGGUUAAACUCGACACUCAUGUGGUUCCUAAUAUCAAUCUUCUGCAAGAAAAUGGAGUUCCUGAAUCAAAUAUAUGUGCCUUGAUUAAAAAAUGUCCUAGACUUAUUACGGCAGGUGCUAUUCGAUUUAAAGAGAUUGUAGAGGAAGUCAAGGAAAUGGGAUUCAAUCCUUUGGGGUUGAGUUUUAUUUUGGCUAUUUUUGCAAUGAGGGGAAUGAAAAAAUCCACAUGGGAGAGGAAGGUCAAUGCUUAUAAGAGGUGGGGUUUGUCUGAGGAAGAGAUUCUUGUAGCAUUUGGAAGGAGCCCACAUUGUAUUAUGGCAUCUGAGGAUAAGAUUAUGCGGGUGAUGGAUUUUUUGGUCAACAAAAUGGGCUUGGAGGCUUCCCUUAUUGUCAAGCGCCCAAACCUCCUUACUCUUAGCUUGGAGAAGCGACUUAUUCCAAGGGCUUCGGUUAUUCAAGUUUUGCAAUCGAAGGGUUUGAUUAAGAAAUUGUUUUACUUGCCUGCUGUGUUUGAGGAUGCAGAGGAGUUGUUUCUGCAGAAGUUUGUGAUGCCUUAUGAGAAGGAAGCUUCUGAAUUGUUGCAGUUAUACAAGGAAAGAUUGGUUUUCUCAGAAUGACUACAGAAUAGGAUAUGUAUCAAGUAAGGAGUGAUAUGAAGUAGUUAUACUGUUAUAGCCCACAUUAAGGAUCAAGUUUCCCUUGUUUUGAGUUAUUUUAUCCAUUAGAAUCCGUUAAUAUUAAUCUUGCUUUAGUUCAAGUCCAGAGUGCCACUAAUUAAAAUUCCAAUAUCUUGCUAAACCCCAGGUCCUUUUUCACUGUUAGCCUGUGCUUAAAGAAUAGAAUCAUUCCAUGGUCUUAUGUUA